AUGGGUCCUCCGUGCCGCAGCCUCCCCGCGCUCCUGCUGCUGCUGCUGCUGCAGGUCUCAUCGCGGCUCUGCCAGGAGCCGGAGCCCUGCCGUCCCGGCUUUGGCGCCGACAGCUACAAGUUCACCGUGCCCCGGCGGCACCUGGAGAGAGGCCGCGUCCUGGGCAGAGUGAGUUUUGAAGGAUGCACCGGUCGUCCAAGAACAGUCUAUUUUUCUGAUGACUCCCGAUUCAAAGUGGGCACAGACGGUGUGGUUACGGUCAGACGGCCUCUACAGCUUCAUAAUCCAGAGACCAGUUUUCUUGUCCACGCCUGGGACUCCACCUACAGAAAGCUUUCCACCAAAGUUACAUUGGAGGCAGUGGGGCACCACCACAACCACCACCACCAUCAUGACCCUCUCCCUGGAAGCUACGUGGAAGUGCUCACAUUUCCUGACUCCUUCCAUGGUCUCAGAAGACAGAAGAGAGAUUGGGUUGUCCCUCCCAUCAGCUGCCCAGAAAAUGAAAAGGGCCCAUUUCCAAAAAAUCUGGUUCAGAUCAAAUCCAACAGGGACAAAGAAACCAAGGUUUUCUACAGCAUCACAGGCCAAGGGGCCGACACACCCCCUGUUGGUGUAUUUAUUAUUGAAAGAGAAACAGGAUGGCUGAAGGUGACGGAGCCUCUGGACAGAGAACAGAUUGCCAAGUACAUUCUCUUCUCUCAUGCUGUGUCAUCAAAUGGGAAUGCAAUUGAGGACCCGAUGGAAAUUGUGAUCACGGUGACAGAUCAGAAUGACAACAAGCCUGAGUUCACCCAGGAGGUCUUUGAGGGGUUUGUCAUGGAAGGUGCUCUUCCAGGAACCUCUGUGAUGCAGGUCACAGCCACUGACGCGGACGACGAUGUAAACACCUAUAAUGCUGCCAUCGCUUACACCAUCCUUAGCCAAGAGCCGACGCUGCCUUACAACAACAUGUUCACCAUCAACCGGGACACAGGAGUCAUCAGUGUGGUCACCACUGGGCUGGACCGAGAGAGUUAUCCCACAUAUACCCUGGUGGUUCAAGCUGCUGAUCUUCAAGGUGAAGGCUUAAGCACAACAGCAACAGCCCUGAUCACAGUCACGGAUGUCAACGAUAACCCUCCCAUCUUCAAUCCCACCACGUAUGUGGGUGAGGUGCUUGAGAAUGAGGCAGAUGCCGUAAUCACCAGGCUCAGAGUGACUGAUGCGGAUGCCCCCAACACCCCAGCAUGGGAGGCUGUGUACACCAUAUUAAAUGACAACGAGGGGCAAUUUGUUGUCACCACAGACCCAGUAACCAACGAAGGCAUUUUGAAAACAGCUAAGGGCUUGGAUUUUGAGGUCAAGCAGCAAUAUAUAUUGCAUGUGGCAGUGACGAACACAGAUCCUUUUGUGGUCUCUCUCCCCACCUCCACGGCCACCGUCACUGUGGAUGUGUUGGAUGUGAAUGAAGCCCCCAUCUUCUUGCCUCCUGAAAAAAGAGUGGAAGUGCCCGAAGACUUUGGCGUGGGCCUGGAAAUCACGUCCUACACUGCCCGGGAACCAGACACGUUUAAGGAGCAGAAGAUAAUGUAUCGGAUUUGGAGGGACACUGCCAACUGGCUGGAGAUUAAUCCAGACACUGGUGCCAUUUCUACUCGGGCUGAGCUGGACAGAGAGGACGUCGAGCAUGUGAAGAACAGCACAUACACGGCCCUCAUCAUAGCCACCGACAACGGUUCUCCAGUUGCUACUGGAACAGGAACGCUUCUCCUGAUCCUCUCCGACGUGAAUGACAAUGGCCCUGUACCAGAACCUAGAAAUAUGGACUUCUGCCAGAGGAAUCCACAGCCUCAUAUCAUAAACAUCAUUGAUCCAGAUCUUCCCCCCAAUACUUCUCCCUUCACAGCAGAACUGACACAUGGGGCAAGUGUCAACUGGACCAUUGAGUACAAUGACGCAGCGCAAGAGUCUCUUAUUUUGAAGCCAAAGAAAACUUUAGAGUUGGGUGACUACAAAAUCAAUCUCAAGCUCACGGAUAACCAGAACAAAGACCAGGUGACCACUUUAGAGGUCCUUGUGUGUGACUGUGAAGGGGCCGUCAACAACUGUAUGAGGGCACAGUAUGUUGAAGCAGGAUUGCAAGUUUCUGCCAUUCUGGGGAUUCUUGGAGGAAUCCUGGCUUUGCUAAUCCUGAUUCUGCUGCUCCUGCUGUUUCUUCGGAGGAGAGGGGUGGUCAAAGAGCCCUUACUGCCCCCAGAAGAUGACACUCGGGACAACGUAUAUUACUAUGAUGAAGAAGGAGGUGGAGAAGAGGACCAGGACUUUGACUUGAGCCAGUUGCACAGGGGACUGGAUGCCCGGCCUGAAGUGACUCGCAAUGAUGUAGCGCCAACCCUCCUGAGUAUGCCCCAGUAUCGUCCCCGCCCUGCCAAUCCUGAUGAAAUUGGAAAUUUUAUUGAUGAAAAUCUGAAGGCAGCUGAUAGUGACCCCACGGCUCCCCCUUACGACUCUCUGCUCGUGUUUGACUAUGAAGGAAGUGGUUCCGAAGCUGCUAGUCUGAGCUCCCUGAACUCCUCAGAGUCAGACCAAGACCAGGACUAUGACUACCUGAAUGAAUGGGGCAAUCGCUUCAAGAAGCUGGCAGAUAUGUACGGAGGCGGCGAGGAUGACUAGGGGACUCGAGAGAUGGGUCCCUAGACCCGCGCAAUGGGAAAUACGGACAUAAUGUUGCUGGUGGUUUUCAGCUCCCUUCCCUUCCGAUGAGUUUCUGGGAAAAAGACUGAUCAGUGAUACAGUUAGAAUAGUUCUGAU